GUUAAAUAAAAACAUUUUAAUUGAAGAGUGCUUUAAAUUUUGAUCUGUGUUGUCAUCCUUUGUUACUUUUUCACAUUUUGUGUGUGUGUCUUGUCUUAGAGAACAAAUCAACUAAAAUUCACUAGAUCUAGAUCAAGCACCAUCUUAUCAUUGGUCUACAGUCUACAGAUUAGCUGCUUAUCCCACAAUCACAGGUUCAAGAGGUUUAUCGGGUUAUGAUCUAGUCUAAAUGAACUAAAUUUAGAGUACAAUCAAUAAAUGACAAUGGCUUUGUCAGUUGAAAAAUUAUUGACAGAUGCUCAUACUCUGAUCAUACGUUUAAAGGAUCAUGACACUCUAGCAGAUAGCAUAAUAGCUACAACACAGACACUCUUCAACAAAAUUGAAGCAAUGAAACAGUAUCAAGAUGAUAUUGCUGAACUUAAUGAGAUUGCUAAGCAUAGACCAAGGUCUACAUUGGUAUUGGGCAUAGCACAAGAGAAUCGUCAGAUACGGGAACUACAGCAGGAAAACAGGGAACUUCAAGCAGCCUUAGAGGAGCACCAGUCAGCAUUAGAACUCAUUAUGCAGAAAUAUAGGGAACACACUGUUAAACUGAUACAAAGUAACAAAAUUGAGCGGGCACUACAAGAAAAAGAUAUUAUUGACAAGGAAUCAGUUUGUCAUCUCAUGGAUAAGAUUGAUGAAAUGGCCGGUGUGAUGCAGAAGGCUAUAGAGGUGGAUGAAACGUCUGGUUGCGCUGAUAAAGAACGUCUUUCACGCUUGGAAAUUGAGAAUAGAGCACUCAGGGAACUAUUGGAGAUCUGCACCACUAGCAGAGAAAAAAUACUUCAGGCCGAAGCAAAAGUAGAUAUGAAAAAGGAGCGCGAUGAUGAGGCUGAUGAUGAUGAUACCAACACUGAUACCGAGGGUGACUCUUCUGUUGUGCUGGCCCUGGAUAAAAAAGAUGAUGGUGAUAAAAAGGAGGCAGCAGAGAAAAAGUCCAAGCCUAGUAGCAGCAGGGAGACCACUCCCACCAACACCAGCCCAAAGACUCCAGGUGCCAGCAAGUCUGCCACUGAAUUGAAAAAGGGGAAAACAUCCAUUUCAGUGACUCCGGCAGUCAAGAAAACUGUGUCUGCGACAGGUGUGAAGAAAGAUAUAGCACCACUUAAGAAGAGCCCAUCUGUAGAAACAAAGAAAGACACGAAAAGCAAAUUGACUCCAAAACCUGUGACUAAGAAAUAAAAAAAAAGAAUGAAUACGAUUGGCUGCUAUAAUUACUUUGAAUGAGAGUUAAGUCUGAUUUGUACAAGGGUAUGUUGAAAAUAUCGCAUUGGAUAUUGUAGAUACAGAUAUUGGCUAUGUGACAUGCAACAUUCAUAAUUUAGAAUGAGGGGGUUUAGCUAAUGUAUAUAAUGUGGUUAAAAUAUGUUAAAAGAUUUAGCCUUGCAGUGGGCAAAAUGAAAUGAAUGUGUGAUGGAUGGUUAAAUGCAGAUGUUUAACCAUUUUUUUUUAAUUACAUAUGAUUUAGAUUAUUUUUUAAAUCUAUUAUUUUUCUAUAUAUAUUCCAAGUAUGACAGCUAAGUGCAAAAAUGUCACGUUGCUCUCUGCUUCCCUAGCUAAACCCUCUAAUAGACACAUCAUUUGUUGUCUACAGUUUCCUAACUUAUAGCCACUCUCCAACAUUUUCUGUUGAUCCAUUUAUAUAGUGCAUUUAUUAUUAUACAAAUUUUUGUACUUUUUUUUAUAAGUCAGAAGCAUCAUUACUUAACCCAUCGUCUGUGCUUUUAUAGCUAGGGCUAACUUGUAAAACAUUAUAAGUUGGUAUUAGUGAGAAAAAAAGGCACACCUUUUACUAGUGAGAAAGGCAAGGCGAAAUUAAAAAAAAAAAAUUUUCAUUUUCAUUUUAGAAACAAGUUUCUUAGAUUUGUAUGGCAUAAUAACAAUUAAAUUUUCUUAAAAACUUUUAAAAGGCAAAUUUAAAUACAUAACUUACUUAAAGUGGGACUAAAAGUAUGUCAACGUAUGGUAUGUGAUGCCUAAAAUACCAAAACACAAAAAAUAUUAUGGUAUAAAAGAAAGUCUAAAUUUUAUUAAAAAUGAGACAAUUCCUUUUCUUCAUGUAGGCUUUAUAGUUGUAGAGGUCAUCAAUGAACUACCUUCGAAAAUUUAGAGUUUGAAACUAUUUAAAUAUGCUAUGAUUGAGAACUGCUUAUAUCCAUAUUGAAGCACUUAUCAUUAAGUUUAACAUUGGGUUCCACCAGUUUUGUAUGUGCAUAUAAUAUACAGGUUGAAAUCUCAUGAUUGUAUAUAUAUAUUUUUUAAGACUUGAAAGACCUUUAGAUAUUUACUGAGAAGAGAUCAUUACUUUAGAAGGUGCAAAUUAAGACUAAUGUGUGUACAAAAUUAUAAUGUAUUUUUUUUACUUCUAAGUAACACAUUUUAAAAUACUAUUCAAUGAUUCGUGUCUAGAUUUUUAAAAAAUUACAUAAUUAUGGCUUGUUUUGACAAGAUACUUUAAACUUAACACAAAAAACUAAGAAGGUAUUUCACAUGCUAUCUUUAUGUUCUGUAAAUCAAUAACUUUUCAGCAUAUCUCUGUGAUAAUAAAACAAAAUUGAAUUAGUAUCAUUGCUAUGUAUUGGUGCAUUUUUAUUUAUGUUUUGUUUAUAAUGCAAUGAAACUACAUUACCAGAUUAAAUUGAUUAUUGAUAUCAUU